UAUAUUUGUGCAUCACUGAUGAAAGAGCUUAUAUCUCUGUGUAGAGAAAGCAGGUUUGCUGCUGAAGUACACGCGCGCGCUCUAAUUGCUGGACUUUGCGCUGGUGCAGCCGACACGUGAGCUGCUCCCGAGCAGAGGCGCGCCUGCGCUCUAACUACUGAAGUGUCAGCUCAGGAUCCACAGACAUCAGUGUGGAGAGCUUGCUCUGCUGGAGGACACGCACUGCGCACCGUCUCCCUCUGCCCUCCGCGUGCGAGUCGCGGAACAUCAAACAUUCCCCACCAGAAGCUCCAGAAGCCACGACGUGAUGGAUGAACGAAUCGCGCAUUUGCAGGACAGGCAGUUUGUGGAGCACGCGGAUUUUUUGGGGGUGGAUUAUCCUCCUCUGUACAUGUGCAAAUCCAAACGUGGAAUAAAGCGGGAGGAUGGUGGUAAGGAUGCGUACAAGUUGCCACACCGGUUGAUAGAGAAAAAACGGAGAGACAGGAUCAACGAAUGUAUCGGGCAGCUGAAGGAUUUGUUACCUGAACACCUGAAGCUGUCGACUCUUGGUCAUUUGGAGAAAGCUGUUGUCUUGGAGUUGACGCUGAAACAUCUGAACGCGCUGACUGCAGUCACCGAGCAGCAGCACCAGAAGAUCAUUGCUUUGCAGAAUGGAGAUCGCUCCUUGAACUCUCCCAUCCACGCGGACCUGGACGCCUUUCACUCCGGGUUCCAGGCGUGCGCAAAGGAGGUCCUGCAGUACCUGAACCAAGUGGAGAACUGGACGGCGCGGGAGCAGAGGUGCGCGCAGCUCGUCAACCAUCUCCACAAAGCGCUGGCGCAGUUCCAGCCCGGCGCGCCGGCGCUGCAGCACCAGCUCCCCGCCGGGGACGCACACGACGCGCAGAAGGCGGACGGCCAGGCCAACUGCGUCCCGGUCAUCCAGAGGACCCAGGGCGGCGAGCUGAACGAGAACGAUACGGACACGGACAGUGGAUACGGCGGAGAGACGGAAAAGAGCGAAGGCAAAGAGAAAGAGUGCAGCAGCGCGCAGGGACUCAAGGCAGUGAAGAUCAAGCAAGAGUUUGGAGACGAGCGGGCUGCUAAGAAACCAAAGAUGAGCUGGACUGGGAAAGGGGUCGCGGGCGCAGACCAGACCCGACCCGACCUGACGUUUAUGAACUCUCUGAUGGGAAUAAGCAGUGUGGGACAGCAGACGCCGAUUUGCAUGCCUUUCUACUUCAUCAACCCAUCGGCCGCGGCGUCCUACAUGCCUUUUUUCGACAAAAACAACAUGGAGAAGUACGUGUACCCCGCAGCGGCUGCUCUCGCGUCCCCCUUCCCCUGGCUCUACCCCGCACACGCAGCUGCCGCAGCCGCUGCGGCGUUCCCCGGCCUCUCUGCGCACUUUGGAGCCUCCCCUCAGCCAAAGGACGCGCGCUCCCCUGAUAACGACGGGUCAUACGAGGCUGACGCGGCCUCAUCCGAGGAGCGCGCGGAGAGUCCCGCGAGCGAGGUAGAGGAAGAAGACGCGGACUCGUCCCCGGAGAGCAAGAAUUGCGCACACGACGCGAGUUAAGAAGCCUACCUCAAGAAGAGUUUGCGGGUUUUUUUCUGUUUUUCAAAUAGAGGCUGGUUGAAGUUGAUCUUUCACUGAAGGGGUUUCUUGGUGAAACAGGGGACAGUUGUGACUGCGCGUGCCUUUUGCACUUCUAUACUCGAUUAAACAAUCUGAAUGACCGUUGAUGAUGAUUGACACUUCAUAGUGCUGGAGUUAUUCUUUUCUUUUUUCUAAAAAAAAAAAAAUCUCUUUGAUAACGUGUUUUCAAACGGCAGCAGUGGUGCCAAAACUUUGAAUACAAAGAACUGAGCGCGUAAUAUUCCAAUCGAUGACCCUCUUUUAAAAGUUGCAACUGACCUCUGCCUUCGAUUAAGAACCUGCUGAACUCUGAUUGUAAAUACUAUUACCUUGGAGGUAAAGUGUGACCUGUAAAUGUGCACUAAAAUGGCUUUAGGGAAAAAAAAGCUCUCCUGGAAAUGUAAUGUCUCAUUACCUCAUCCUCAACUUGGGUUGGGGGAGCACAUAAUUGGCCCUCCAUCCCCUAAGAGCAGAGAUUCCAAUUCCCAACAUCUAUGAAAAAUGGAUCAGGAUUUUGCUCAUUUCCCCCCGUUAAAAACUUCCCAGACUAAAACCAGCAUGACAGAGAAGCAGAGACAUUGUGUAGGAUAGCACCUUAUAGAUCUUUGAAUGUACCUCCCCCUGCCCCAGCUGUAAAAUUCCUAAUACUAUUUACUCUUUGAGAGAUUAAGUGCACUUUUUCUGCUUUUACUCCACCCAGCGGUCACUUUAUCAGUUUAAAGUCAAUCACUGUAUGAGCCCUUCUACUGAAUGAUGCUCUGACAAAAACAUUUGUGAUGGGGAAGUGUUCUCAGUUGCAGAAAAUGCUGCAUAACUCUUUUGUGAAAAAAUAAUCAGAUUUAAGAAAAGUCACAAAAACUGGGAAAGAAACUGUGGUAUUGCCAUGUUAAGAACUUUAUCUCAAACUCUUUUCUAACUGUAAUGUUGCUCAGCUUUUUUAAGCUUCACAUGAGACUGAAUAAAACUGAUUUUCAUUGUAUUUUAACAAUGCUUUUGUAGUAUUACUCAGCUGGUUUUGCUCUCUUAUCAACUGUUAUAAAAAAAAAAAAAAUAAGGCAUGUACGGUUGUAAAUAGAUUUUUUGUGAAUAUACCAUUCAGUAUAUGUGGGUUUUGUGAAUGUUGUAGAAGUCCUUCUCAUUUUUUAAGGUUUAAAUGAGCAACUGUUGCACAUUUUGUUGAUGCUUUACACAUAUGCUGUUCUAAAUUAUUGCUGGAUAAGUUGUAAAAUAAAUAUCAAAACCUAAACUUU